GCUGUUGGAACUGCAUGAUUUUAUGAGAGGUUUGACCUGGUUCAGAUGGUUGCUAUCAGAUGAACUGUUUCAGCCAAACUAUCUUUUUAACUUUGAAAGCUUCAAAUGUAAAAAACUGAGAAAAAAAUGAUUUUUUUAAACAGACCAGUUAAACAUAUAAACAUUUAACAAUAAGUGUAAAGAAACAGGUGCAUAAAGGACAACACUUUUUUUCUUCCAUUUUUAAUUUGACGUUUUCUUGCAUUUAAAUUUGCUCCUGCAUUCGAAGCAAACGGACACGAUGAUAUUGAGGUCAGCAUUCUGUCUUCAGAGUCCAUAGUUUUUAUUUACUUGAUUCUGGUGCAAUUUAAAAAAAGAGCAUUAUGAUUAUGUGAACAGUGGAGCCGUUUUAUCCGAGCUUUUGCGUUCGAUGGUCACCAAAAGCACAAACCCCGCAUCUGAACGCACAGACAACCUGUAGAAAAACUUUGAAGCAACUUGUGCUGCUCGGUGCACAUGGGGACAAGAUGUACCCAAUGAAUGAGCGGCUGCGCUGACGGCGCAGGCGAGCUGCCGGUCGACACGCCCCCCGCAUGGAUACAGCGGGACGGAACGGGCGCUCUGGAGACUCACGCACUGUGCUGGAGAUUUUUGACGCCGCAAUGGGAGUUAACGCGUCCAAGUUUGAGGAGUUCCUGUUGUCGGCGCACUGAACAAAAGACGCUGCCUUUGCGCUUCUCUGUCUCUCUGUGGAGGGGGGCGGCCGUGCGCGUUUUUGUCCGAGGCGUUUCUCGCGCAGGAUGUUGAUGAUAUUGGAAAGCCGGGUAAGAUCAUAAAGUCAGUUCUCUCACAGCCACUAAACAAAGGGAACCACGGUACUUUGGCCCCCCUCCCUCACACGGCGUCGUUUCUUUUUCUUUUCUUUUUGGAUGUCAUUAAGAAGCAGAAGAGGCUGUUUGAAAGACAAAAUGGAUCACUUUGCAGCAGAGUGCCUUGUUUCAAUGUCCAGUCGUGCAAUUGUUCACCCCCCUAAAGGCAACAGGGAGAUUAAACCCGAGAUCCCGUCCUCCUCUCGGAUCGGGGAGGAUAUGAAAGAGCCCCUGGUGAAGGACAACUCCUCUCUGUUCGUGGUGGCGCGGAUUCUGGCGGAUUUUAACCAGCAGACUCCCAACGGCGAGGAGGCGAAAAUAAAGGAUGAGAGCACGCCGAACCUCAGAGAGGAUGGAAACUCUGCCACACCUACCACCUUCCCCGAUCCUCUGCCCAAACAAAGAGGCAAAAGAUCGAGAGGUCGAACUGAGCAGGAAUCACCUCAGAAAAAGCACAAAUGCCACUAUUCAGGUUGUGAAAAAGUUUAUGGCAAAUCAUCCCACCUCAAAGCUCAUCUAAGGACACAUACAGGAGAACGACCCUUCCCGUGCACCUGGCCUAACUGCAGUAAGAAGUUUGCCCGGUCUGAUGAGCUGGCCCGCCACUACCGCACCCACACGGGGGAAAAGAAGUUCGGUUGCCCCCUUUGCGACAAACGCUUCAUGCGCAGCGACCACCUGAUGAAGCACGCCCGCCGCCACUCGGAUUUCCAGCCCGGCAUGCUGAAGAGGCCCCACGGCGGCAGCACCCCGCGUCCCAGCUCCCUCAGCGACUACAGCCGCUCAGAUGCCUCCAGCCCCACCCUCAGCCCUGCCAACUCGCCUUAAACUGAAACCCUGGUCGCACUUUUCAGCCCCCUAGGCUGUGAGGCCCACCUUUUCUUCAUAACACUUUUGUUGCACAAUUGUCAGUGUCCAACCCUUCCCACCAGAACCCCCCAUCUUUGCUACUCCUGCGCUUACUGUGGUGUACCAUACUGUACAUAACUGCUUAUUGUAGUGCAAUUACCUGUGUGAUCCUAACAGACAAUAACGCUUUACCGAGAAUGAUGAUGUGUACUUUCUGUACCACAUGUCUGUUUUUUUUAGCUUCUAAUCAUGGCUAGUAGUUCAGCAGACAAUUAGAAGUAGGAAAGAAAAACACCCUGAUAAGUCUUAUCCAUUUUUGUUCUUUUUAUUUUUAUUGGGUUUUUUUCCAGUCACAGGUUAAGAGGAGGGGUAAACACACACACCUCAGGACGGAAGACACUUGCUGUUUCUGUAAUACCACAGUACACAAGAGUACUCACAUCGACUGCACAAUAUACUCAUCACUUUAUUCCGAAAUUCAACAGGGGUUGAAUUUUACACCCUGCUCAGGGAAGGCCUUGUUAGCUUGAAAGAAUGAACAUGGCGAAGAGAAACAUACGAAACAUAUUCUGCAGCCUUACACACAACACGAUUUGCACUCUCUGCUAUUUCUUUUUUGUUUUGUUUUUGACUUUCACAGUUGGAAAAAAAUAAUCCGUCAGAAUUCAUUUUAAAUAUACUGGUUUGAGAAAACAAUCAGUGCCCCCUCUCUUAGAAAACUUGAUAUUUUUGUUCCAUCGCUGCAAAUGUUGAUCUUCAUCUAAGCGAUCUGUUAGAUCUGCAUUCUAAUGUUCUUGCAAAUAUUAUUAUAUAUAAAGUUAAAACAUUUUGAAACCUUUGAGUAGAGUUGGUAAAGUUUCAAAGCAGCUGUUCAUCAUACCUAAGCAUUUUAUCCAAAGGUGGAAGGAAAAUAAGGAGAAAAAAAGGUUUGAUACAUCCUAAGCACAUUGGAAAAAGUACCAAAGACAUGACUGAAUAAAAGAUCUCUUCAGUUCUGUAAGCCGCCCUUCUUUGACGUCGCAGGUAGAACCUGAAGCUUCACUUCCCACCUCCUGGCUCGGCUCUCUGUGGCCUCUUUGGAGGAAACAGCUGCACCCAAAAGCAGCUACUCAGAGCCUUCUGGAGGGAGUGUAGUGAGUCCUCCCCUAGUGGCUCCUCUCUCAUCUGGAACUACCUGAACUGCCAGUCUCUGCCAACAUCUUUUUUUUGCUGUUGCCCAACUCCAAGGUCAGACGCGGGCCAGGGAGUUCAACAGAAUUGAGUGGGGUUGGGCUGUGACAUCUUGGAGAGCAGAAGGAAUAUCUGAAACAAACAGGCAAGAGAGGGCAGGUCCUGAUAAAAGAGAGGAGGUUUAUCGCGAGCUCAACAGCACAAAGGAGGAGAUGUGCAGUCGCAGACACGCUACUUCCUCUUCUUUCCCCGACUCCCUUCUUUCUGCCAACUGUGGAAACAAACGGCAGAAAAAAAUGUCGGUAAUUAGUGGCUAGAUCCAAACUCUAAGAUUAGAGGAAUAGAAGGAAGAGCGCAUACAGUAGCUGUAUGGAGUGUAUGUGUCCUAAGCACAAACUGAAGUCAAUGCUUUUGCAGGAAAGUCAGAUUUCCCAGAAUCACAGCGAUAAAUCUGAUUUCCCCAACGGCUGCUUUCAAACUUUUAUCUCAAAGUAAGAGGGCUUUAAAACGUUCUGGAAAAACAUCUGAACCAAAAUGAACGCCGCCAUCCAGCAUGUGAAAGUCACACGCGCCAUGAGAUGGCUGUGUUUUUAGAGCAACACGCCUCAUUUAGUCGGGCAAAAGGCAUGGCGAAGGUUCCAUGGAAACGGGCACCACCAUGAGCGGCCGCCAGCUGCCCCACCUGUCUGCUACGCCUGCAUUUCUUAACGACAUUUUGACAUUGAGCCUGUAAGACCGCCAUGUUGAAGCGUUUCAGUUAUGGCUACUGUUCUGUGGUCUCCUCCUCGAUGCGGCGUGCAUGCUAACAUGGAGAGGGUUUUUUCAGGCGGGCUGGCAGGUGGAUGACCAUGAAUGGCAGGCCUUGUUCCUCCUUUUUUCCAUGGCAAUCUCUUUUAGGUGGUGUCAGAUCCUUCCCUCCAGGAACAAAACAUCCCUUAUUGAUCACAAAUGCAGUCAUUUUCUUGUAUUAUUACUUAAAUCGUACCCACACAUGUCAAAUCUAGUGGUUUUCAGAUGACAUGUUGAAUGCAGAGUUUUACAUUGAUCACUUUUUAAGACUAAGACUUCCCACAGAGUUGUUGUUUUUUGAGAAUUUUCCCCUGGGUUGAAGUGCUUCUUUGGGGAUGAAAAACAAAGUCAGAGUAGCUUACCUACAAGCAUUCAUUGGUUUUUUUUUGUCGUUUUUAAUCUAAAAUCUGCACAUUUUCCUCAGGGUUGACGUCUGCCAAGCAGACACGGGACAGUUUGUGGAUUUAGUUGUAACUUUAAAUGCCGCACACAUAUAACGCCUUGCCUGCCGGGGUUCCUGGGUGCUUAGUGUUCACUGCUGGUCAGUGUCCAACCACACUGGAAACACAGGAACGUCUCAGUGCAAGCUCCGCCCCUCUGCCUAUGACAUUUUUCUAGCAUACUAUAGACCUGCUCUUGGUGUCCUCUCGAUCUGUUUCCAGUGAAACGCCCCUUUAAGCACCUCUGACCCUUAGAGAAAGUGGACUUCCUCCUGAACACAAACUGGCAGAAUAGACAUUCAGUCUAUCCCUACAUUCAGACUCGUCCACAGGCAGGGUGUGUCGGAACUUCUAUUUUCAAUGUAUGAAAUGUACUUGAAUAUUUCCAACAAAAAAAGGCCAUUGAACACAUUCUUGUCUUUUUUACUGUACUUGCUUUUGUUGUCUAACCCUCUUCAUAGAAAGGUGUACAGCUGGUUUGCUUUUUGUUUUUGUUAUUUUGCAAUCUCUGCCGAUCAUUUCAGCUGAAUUUUGGACUCAUUACAGCCCGAAGGUUCAUAGUUUUCGUUGUGGCAUUUGAAUGCACCGUUUUUGUUGAUUUUGUUUUGUUCAAAUCAGAACUGGGAUUCACCUCUUUAAUCAGGAAUAUGUACUGCUCCUUUGAUGUCAGGGUGCAGGUUUUUCCAGUUGGACCUGUUAUCCAAGAAUUUAGUUUAAAGUCAUGCAAAAAAAAAGAAAAAGUAAAAAAUGUUUUAAAAAAAACAUCAGGGAAUGGAAAUUUCUUGACCUCUAUGUAUAUCUGUUUAAGACUGAGUGAAGAUUUCUUUUUUAUUUUUAAUUGUAGAUCCUUUUAAAAAAAAUCCAUAAAUAUAGAGACCACAAAAUUGUGAGUUAGCAGUGUAGUCUGAUUUUUUUAAUUAUCAUUAUUAUGGCUUUUAUUAUUAUUAUUUUUAUUAUUAUUAUUGCUUUGUGUCUCUUGAAUUGCUUAGGUUUGUACAUUUUUUAAGAAACCAUACCUCUUAAAAGAAUUGAUUUUUGUCAUAUCUUUUCAAAAACAUUUAUCAUGUAGCUUAUGUUGGCUUGAUGAGUAGCACAAAUGUUUGUUGGUUUUAUGUGUUCCUACUUGAAUAGGAAAAGUAGAGAAAGCGAGACUUUUUCUUUAGAUGAAAAGAAAAAUAAAUGUAACACUGGGCUACAUUUUACAUAAACAUCCGAUGCCAGAUUCUGCACAUCCUUGAAGACUAAAAAAAACAACAACAAAAACGUCCAGGUAGAACAUUAAUAAUUUACCGUUUUACUUUUCAGAAGUUUUUAAACAUUCCUACUGUGAGCACCAUGUUUUCUGGGUUUAACUCUUAAUUUUUCAGUUUGUAACUCCUCCUUCCACUUUCGGCUUCUCCCAUCAGGGGUCGCCACAGCGAACAAGUCGCAUGGUAAAUUUGGCAAUGUUUUACGCCGGAUGCCCUUCCUGACGCAACCUUCUCAAACCGGGCUUGGAACCGGCAGAGGUGGAGAAGGGAACAGGGAGCAGCCCGGAGUCGAACCCGGGUUUCACGGACGGAAGGCGCCGCAAACCAGCACGAGCUAAACUGUUUGUAACUCCUCCAUUAUCCCAUAAUUCUUUUAAAAAAGAAGAAGAAAUGAUCGGAAAAUGAUAAUGUAAAGUUAAAAGGAAAAUCUCCAAAAUAAAUGUUGCCAAGUAUAACAAAGCAUUUGUUUAGAUUCUUUUUGACGGCAUGACGGUGUCAUUGAUUGUCUCAUCAGAAGUACAAGCAUGAUUCGCGCCAUUGUGUGCCAAAGUUGUAGUGGUAACUCCAUUAAGACGAAACAAUACAAACUUCUAUCCGACAUGAAACAAACUUGUACAGAUUUAUAGACCGUGACAUGUCAUGUACGAGAUUUGACAAAGCGAUUCUGCAUGUUUGGAUGUGCAGCAGCUCCACGCUGAGUAUUUCUUUCCUGCUUUGUGUUACCAUUCUGAAUGUGUGGCUCGUUUGUCAUUAUUUAAUCGGGUUUUGCUUCUCUUUGCUGCUCAUCUGCACUUUUGCUGUGUACAGUGGCUUAGUGCAUACGUUUGUCAUUUUGCUCAAUCAUUCCUAAGGACUGAACAUUUGCAUUUGCUCUAAUGUAUUUGCUUCCUUGGAGUUUUAGAAGUCUGAUGGGCUUUUACCAAUUGUCAGGUGUGCAUAUGGUACGCUUUUGUCAUUGUCCCACAUUCUGUAGGCCUCUAGCCUGGAAGCCUAUGAAAAUUCACAGAGGAUGUCUUCCCUCAUGACAAAGAUGUGAUGCCCUUUAGGUUCUUUUUUUUUUUUUAAAGGCAGCCAUAGAAUUGUAAAAAAAAAUGUUUUAAUAAUCAUUGUUACCAAAGGCUUUGAAGGGAAAGAUGAAUGUUGCCAUAAUUUUAAACCCAUCUGUGUUCGAACUGAUGGAUUCAAUUUUAUGUGCUGUAUGCGUCGAUAGCUGAAUGCUUAAAAUGGACCUUUUCUACUUCUCAAGUGGAAGUUUUUAUUUUAUUUUUAAUUUUAUUUCAAGCUUGAAUCCUCAUAGAAGCAGACUAACUCUGAUUGAGUUUAAAGAGACGGAGCAGGUAGAAAUGUUGAGAGGCUGACCGGAUCUUCUGGUACCUGACCGUGUUGUUUCUCACUCAAACUGCUUGACUUGGCAGCAUCUGACAUCAUCUUUUGGAAUUGCUUCAAGAAUUGAGUUUAUUCCAGACCCUUCAGUCAAAAGUGCUGUCAGUGACCUCACCCAUAACUAGAGAGCCUUUCCCCAGUCGUCUGGUUCUGUCUCCUGUACCAGUUUUUCCUCAGUGUGCCCUCUCAGUGUGAUGUAACUCUAUUGAUACCUCUGUGUGCUUCUCUUCUUCCCCUCACCAUCAGUUGCCUGUUGUAGUGACUCCAUGGUGCUGCCCCCCCCCCCCCCCCCUCUCGCAGCACCAGUAUGAUAUAUUCUGUAAAUAAUUUAACUCAGCUAUGGCCAGUACAUUCCUCCCCCUAUGACCUCACUAAUCUUUCAGGUGUCACCUUUUCUUGCUUUUUCGAUUUUGUUCUCAGCAAACCAAAAUCACUACAUUCAAGUAUUACAGUUGUACAGUUCCUCGGGUUCUCCACACAUUUGAUGUGCUGGUCUUAGCUGCUCUGCUGUACCUUUUUAUGGCAUUAUUUUUUACAUGCUAGACAAUAUAUUGUGAACAUGUCCUAUGCAAACAUGAAACAUAACAGGUUGUUGAAAAAUGUAUGUUGUCAUAACUUGUAUGCAUGAAAUAGUGAGGUUUACAUUUGGAAAUAAAUUCAUAAAAUAA